CCUAACCGCAAAGUCGAGAGGGUUACAAAACAUUACUCAUCAACGGCUAGCCUGGAUGGAGAACCUAACACCCCUAUCUCGUGAUAUGAGUCAGCGCGGGAGGAGAACAGAUGCUGCCCUGGUAUUCAGUUGGAUCUUUGUUUGGAUCUUUGUGCCAGCCCUCUUUGGUGGAGCGUUUUCUCAGCCCCUCAACCAGACCUACGUUCUCCAGCCAUGUCAGAUAAACGAAUCCCUUGUAAUCGUGUCUGUCACGUGGGGGAAGGGGUCAGCAUACCCAACAGAUAAAACGGUGAUCGCCGAAAGAAACCGCAAAGACAAGGAUGAACCUACAAAUGAACACUUUUCAGUAGACAAAGAGUACCAACUUGUCAUCCAGAAUACUACUCCGAACGACAUGGGGAUAUACUGGUGUCAGCUGUGA